AUGAUGCUGGAAAAGUGUUCCUUCUGUAAAAAAGGGGAAUGUAUCAAACCUGUAAAAGUGGAAAAAAAGCCUGGAAAAGCAGCAGCUAAGAUCAGGAUUGAAGCAGAUGGAAGCUAUUUUCAGAUCAAUCAGGAUGGAGGAGCACAAAAACUGGAAAAGGCUAAAAUUACUCUGAAUGACUGUUUAGCUUGUAGUGGCUGCAUUACAUCAGCAGAGAGUGUUUUAAUCACUCAACAGAGCCAUGAAGAGCUAUGCAAAAUGCUAACUUUUAACAAGACUGCAGCUCCUAAUGAACAGAAGUUGGUAGUGGUUUCUGUUUCACCACAAUCCAGAGCUUCACUAGCUGCAAGAUGUAAAAUGGGUGUUCUGGAAACAGCAAAGAAGUUGACCGCGUUCUUAAAGAGUUUAGGUGUGCACUAUGUAUUUGAUACAACUUUCUCAAGAAACUUCAGCCUAUUGGAGAGCCAACAAGAGUUUGUAAAACGCUUUCGAAAGCAAUCUGAAGACAAAAGGGCUUUGCCAAUGCUAGCUUCUGCCUGUCCAGGUUGGAUCUGCUAUGCAGAGAAAACCCAUGGCAGUUUCAUCAUUCCUUAUAUCAGUACCACCAAGUCUCCACAGCAGGUCAUGGGCUCCUUGAUCAAGGACCAUUUUGCAGAACAGCAGCGCUUAACACCUGACCAGAUAUACCACGUAACAGUAAUGCCCUGUUAUGACAAAAAGCUAGAGGCUUCAAGGCCAGACUUUUUCAACCAAGAGUACCAAACUCGUGAUGUCGACUGUGUAAUCACCACAGGAGAAGUACUAAAGUUGUUGGAACAAGAAGGAAUAUCUCUAUCAGAUGUAGAUCCUGCUCCUUUGGAUACCAUCUUUAGUAGUGCUGCAGAAGAGGAGCUCACUAGCCACUCUGGAGGUGGUUCUGGGGGCUAUUUGGAGCACAUAUACAAGUAUGCAGCCAAGGAACUCUUUGGAAUUCAAGUGGAUACAAUUCAGUACAAACCUUUAAAAAACAAGGACUUCCAGGAGGUGACACUGGAGAAGGAUGGAGUAGUCCUGCUCCAGUUUGCUUCGGCAUAUGGGUUUCGAAACAUACAGAACUUAGUGCAAAAGCUGAAACGAGGGAAAUCGCCCUAUCACUAUGUUGAAGUCAUGGCCUGCCCAUCAGGCUGUUUAAAUGGAGGUGGUCAGAUCAAACUAGAUGGUGAAUCCAGCAAAGACCAGCUUCAGCAAGUUGAGAGGUUGUAUGAGUCUCUUAAGACUGAAAUUCCAGAGAAGAACCAUACUGUAAAAGAACUGUAUGAGCAGUGGCUGGGUGGCGUGGAGUCAGAAAAGGCUGCGAAAGCUUUGCAUACAGAGUACCAUGCAGUGGAGAAAACAAGCACUGGAUUUAACAUCAAAUGGUGAAGGCUGACACUGUGAAGCCCAGAUACAGAUACUCAGUGCCUUUUAAACUCAGUUAUGUUUAAGAUUCUCGAAAGACAGAUAAAGUUCUGUGCCAUCA